AAUUUAAUGUAUUUAAAAUGAAUAUAAUUAAAAAGUUAAUAAAAGAGUGUAAAAAUGUAAGAAGGAAAAAAAAAGGGAUGAAGUAUAAUAAAAUAAAAAUGAUUAAUGAGAUUAGUUCAUAAAAGCUGAGUCAAAACUGGACAACUAUUGAGAAGGCUAGUGCCUGAGUUUGCCCAUCUACCCUCAUCAUAUUGCCUACUAUAUUCAAUUGCCGAUAUGGAGCGUAUUUAUUGAUUUUAUUUAUAUUGGUGUCCUUAAAGUACAACUUAAUUGAAUUGAAUUAAAUUGUUUAUUUAGUAAUGGCAUAUCAUUCCAGUCGAGAAGCUUAAUAGAAAUAACUGAAAAGUAUUUGAUUCUCCAGUUAAUAUACUUAGCCUUGAUUAUAACAAAGAAAUGAGCAAUUUUCCAAAGCUUAUCACUCCCAUUUUGUUAAAAAAAAAAACAAGGCACCUAGAAUUUGAUUCUCUAAUCUUUUCAGUGUGGCACCAAAACACUACGUAUGUGUCAAUUCGAUAUUUUUAUUUAUUAGAUUUAUUUUAUUUACAUGAACAAAAGAAAUUGGGAGAGGAACAUGAGUCUUCUUAAAUUCAUCAUAUGAUAUAGUAUAAUCUAAUUGAGAUAAAUCAUUUAUUUAUCAGAAAUCUUUAGAGUUCAACCUCUAGACUCUAAAUUAAUUAAUUCAGAAAUCAAUUCACUGGGGAACGAUAUCAAAGGACUCUUCGGAAGAGCAGUCUCUGCAGAAUUUCUCCUUGUUGGUUCAGUGGAUAACCAACCGCCCUAACGCACAUCUUUUGCAUCCAUCAUUUGUACUAAACUCUCCAACAAUUUAUGCAACACUAUCUCGGCGAAUAAUCCAACAGCUUUGAGUUUUCCGAUCCACAAUGAGAACUCGUCCUCGCAAAAUUACUAACAAUACCAAGUCUGAUUCUGGGGAUUAUCGAAACUUGAUUUGCAGAACAAUAAAUGGAAAUUGAUCAGAAAAGAGGGAUAAGAAUAAGAAGAUGAUGCCCAGUUUCUGUUUUUACUUUCAAAAGAGGAGACUGAAAAGGAUAUUUGGCUAUAAUUGGAACCAAAUUGCCAAGGAAGCAACUGCUUGCCUGAAGCGACAAGACCAGAAAGAGACAAUGGAAGCAAGAUUACUCUAUUCAUAAUGGUUUCUCAUGCAUGCCUAAUAAGGAGAUACCUAAUCCUGAUAGUGAUCAUGAUCCCAAUGCAGUUGACAGCAUGCUAGAGUCAGAAUCCCAGUUAAAUUCCUUGUCAACGUCAAGUCACAAUGACAAACAACCUCCUAUAGAGGCUACAGUUCAAGCAACUGGUCCCAACAAGGAUUUAAGCAAUACUUUGGUUUUGAGUAGUUGAACGAAUCAGAAAGGUUCUGCAAAUGGAAAAAUUGAUACCAGCCAGUUAGAUAUUAUUGAUGGUACUAUUUCUGAGGGCUUCGAUUCUGGAGAACUAUAAAUGCCUCAAUAGCAGCAAGUAAGGACUUCAAGCCAAUGGUUAAAGAGGACAUAAAAGUAAUUUCUCAUAAAUUUUUGAACUAGAGAAACUUGCGAAUGUGGGGGGUAGUGGAAGUAACCGCCUAAACCGCCAAUGCCAACAGGAAAUUUUUUUUUUUUGAAAAAUUAUAAUAAAAAACACAAAGAAGAGAAGCGAAGAGAAGAGAAAGGAUAUACAAGUAAAUCUCUGACUCCGUUUCAUCUUCAAAAGAAGAGUAAGAAUAAACAAUGGAAGGAAAGAGAGACGAGAUAAGGAAAGGGCCGUGGAAAGCCGAGGAAGAUGAGGUGCUCAGGAAUCAUGUCGAGAAAUAUGGCGCUCGUGACUGGAGCUCCAUUCGAUCCAAAGGCCUCUUGCAGCGAACCGGCAAAUCCUGUCGCCUCCGUUGGGUCAACAAGCUUAGGCCCAACUUGAAGAAUGGGUGCAAGUUUUCAGUGGAGGAAGAGAGAGUAGUGAUAGAUUUGCAGACACAGUUUGGGAACAAAUGGGCCAAAAUAGCGACUUAUUUGCCAGGGAGAACUGAUAAUGAUGUGAAGAAUUUCUGGAGCAGCAGACAGAAAAGGCUAGCAAGGAUUCUACAGACUUCAGCGACUCCUUCCUCUUCCUCCUCCUCCAACUCCAAGCCCCGGAAGCCUAAAAAGCAAGUUCCUCUUCUUGAUGUUCCCACUCUGCAGGCUCCAUUGUUCAACUUCUCAAUGGAGGAAGAGUCAUCUGCAAAGGCACAAUCGUGGUCGACAUCCUACAUUGAAACCCCAGAGCCAAUCUCUAUGGUUCCGGUGCAAUUCCAUAUAGAUAUUGUCAAUAACGAGUUGUCUAGCUAUGAUGCAAAUCUUGUUCUAGUGGAGUGUCAAAAGGAAGAUCAAGAUCCUUUCCCUCAAAUCUCAGAAUACCAACCAGACCUUACAUUCUCUCCAGAAAGCCAGGAACUGUUGGCCAGACUUGAAGAUCCUGAGCUAUUCAAUGUGUUUGGAGCAGUAGAUGCGCCUGAGCUUGAACCACAACUUUCCCUGGGUCUACCGUUAUUUGAUCCGAUUCCAAGUUGCAUGAAUGGUGCGAGAGAAGGAAGGAAUCCUGCAAGUCGGAGUACCUUUUUCGAUGACUUCCCUUCGGACGUGUUUGACAAUAUUGUCCCACUUCCAAGCCCUUAG